AUUUCUGCGCGACUCGGGCGGGCAAUUUGAGCGGACUGCUGCUGUUGUUGUGUCAACCGUGUGGCGAUACUACUCCUCUUUGUGUGGAAUAAGUACAAGAAUAAAAAGUUAUUUCAGGUCAGUAUGAACGAAGGGACGCCUCGGAACAUAAUGUCGGAGUCUAAUAAUCUAAACGGCUCGCAGAGAAGAAGGUCACCGCGGUUGAGUUCUCCUCCAACUGGUCCAGCUGACAACAAAAUGGCGAUGACGGCCGGUGCAGUUAAACGCCGCAUCACUGUGAGGAAAAUAGCACCCAGAAAAACAGUCGCACCGUCGGAGAACAACAAGGAGAACACGCCGAGGCGGUCCGGGAGGGAAAGUAUUCAGCAGAAGACGCCAAAGGUGUCCACCCCGGAUGCUGUCCCGGAGCGUAGAGGCUCCACUUCGGCUGGGAAGAAGAAGAAGAAGGAGGCCGCUAUUCUGUCCCCGAUCCUCCCCUCCUCACCACCGGCUGCUUCUCACCCCCAGCAGCCGCAAGUGGAUCCAGAGGACGCGGUGUGGUCGCAGAAGGUGCGCCGCUCCUACAGCAGGCUCAGCGACAAGUCCUUCAACAGCCCCAACUCCAGGGAGACCUUGUUCGGCUUUGAGAAGCUGACCACCCCCGAGGUCAGGAGAGCCGACCCAUCCAAGAUCACCACCCUGGAGGUUUCUGGAUCCUUCACCGGUCUGAACUCAUUCACGAGUUUGCUUGAGGCGGAGGACUGUGGUUCAGCUUUGCCGGACCUAAACAUCCCCGGAGUGGCUGUGGUGAAGGAGAAGAAGAGGAGGAGGAAGGUCCAACAGAUAGACGCCACGGAGCUGGACGCACUGGCUGCCCAGAUGAACGCAGAGUUUGAGGAGGCAGAGGAGUUUGAGUUGAUGGUGGAGUAAAUAUUGUGACUCAAAGACUGAAGGACUCCCUUAAAUCAUGCUGUUUUUGUCUCAGGACAUGCUGAUGGACACUGACAACACUCGUGUGUACUUCAUAUUCAAAACAUUCAUGUUUUUGUAUAUUUCCAGCUCUCUAUAUUGUACAUUUUGAGUUUUUGGAGUUUUAUGUGUUUGGUUGUUGGUUUAAAUGCUCUUAAUGUGUUGUUUUUUUACACUAUUAUGUGUUCAAAUGAUAGAUAGGACUCAUGCAUGUUGUUAUUGAAUUAUUUUUACUGUGAUCAAAUAUCUUAUAUUUGCAUGUUAAAUGUCCAAUUUAGAAUGAUAAAACAUGUUUUUUUUGUUAGAUGGUCUUCGACUGUUUGUAAUUGAGUUUUUAGUCUUAAACUGGUUGAUUGGGCAUGAUACAUAGACAGAAACUUUUGAAAGUGUAAUAUGGAUUGUAAUCAUACGUGGAAGCUAAAUUUGAAACUUAAUUUGCAGGAAUGGUACGAUCUGAGCUAUGAGUGGACCCUUUUUUUAUCAGGAGACAGUUUGACUACACUGGCUUAACAUUUUGUACUUCUUAAUAUUCAAAUCACUGAAAACAACAGAUGUGCUCAUCAAUUCAGAGGUCUGUAACCAGGAUAUUACCAUUUAAUAUUGUUUUACCUUCACAUUCAAUUGGCAUAAAAAAUUCAGAGUAAGACAGUGCCUAUCCAUGUUGUUAAUUCUGUGUUACAUCUAUCCUUUUUUACACUGUAAAUGUCAAUAAAUAUGCAAUCAAUUAAAUCACCAGAAUUGA